CAGCUGUAAUUUUUCCUUGACAGGAUGACUUCUUCCCGUGAAAAUGAUGAAAUCAGUGGAGCUAUUGGAGCAUUUAUGGAAGAUGAAUAUUAUGAGGAGAUGGCAGCUGGGUAUUUUGAGGAGGAAGAGGAAAGGAAGAGUACCAAAAAAUCUCAAGCUUAUGAGGAUAUACCACAAGAUGAAUUGGAAGAAAUAUUUGAAAAUAUUAAUGAGGAUUUUGAUCCUGAUACAGUCCCCUCUACAUCGUCCAAAUCAUUGUUGGACAGAACAACUGUUCAAGAUGAAGAUAUAAUUCCUGCAGACAUUGAACAACCCUCCCAGGAUCACUUGAAAGUCCUGCAUGAUUCUUUUGGACACAAAUCCUUCCGCCCUAUGCAGUGGCAAAUCAUCCAUGCAGUUUUACAGGGACGUGAUAAUUGUGUUGUUAUGGCAACUGGUUAUGGAAAAAGUUUGUGUUACCAGUUUCCUGCUGUAUACACAGAAAGUGUAGCUGUUGUGGUUUCUCCUUUAAUAUCUCUAAUGCAGGAUCAGGUUUUAGCUCUACAGGCUUCCAACAUAGAGGCUUGUCUGUUGGGUAGCGCUCAGACAAACAAAUCAAAUGUUUAUUCAGAUAUGUUUGCUGGUAGAUACAGAGUUGUUUAUGUUACUCCUGAGUUUGUGGAAGCAUGUUCAGAUUGUUUGGUAACUCUAGACAAUAAGAAAGGAAUUUCUCUUUUCGCCAUUGAUGAAGCUCAUUGUGUCAGUCAGUGGGGACACGACUUUCGUAGUUCUUACAGGAAGCUUGGUGUUUUGAAGCAGAAAUUUCCAAGGGUUCCUAUUCUUGCAGUGACAGCUACAGCUACACAUGUAGUUCGCCAAGACAUAUGUAGCUCACUUAAAUUGAGGUAA